GUCCAGCACGCACUUUCGUGGGGAACCACUUUGCACUUUUCCCCUUGGUCUAUUUCUACCACUGAAUUUUCCUACUCAAGAUUCGUCCAUCUAGAUUGAUUGUUCUUUGGUCUUAUCCCUCCUGAUCUCCUCCUUUACUACCGCCGACCACCCUCCUUGGAUCACGAUGGAGGAGAGCUUGGCAAGCACUCCGCCCGCGCCCCGGUAUACCGGGAUGCGAUAUUUGGAUAUGGACACGGCAGAUAUCAUGUCGAUUAUGAUCAACUAUUCAUACAAUGGAGCAUGGUACUGUGUCCUCGUUGGCGCUCAAGAAGCUCGACCAGGCUAUGAACUGGAUCAAUCUAUCGAAGGGAAGAUCUUAAUCGAGCUUAGCGACCUGUCUUGGGGCGAAGAAAGCGAGGAGAAAGACAGAAAGAUCACCCAACUUCAGUCAGAUCUUGCAAGGCUCGCUGGGGAUGCCUGCCUCUUGCUCAUGAAAACACUGACACCACUUCCUGUCCCAGAGGAGCAAACCUUCCAGGAUCAUUUGUAUCCGGAGAUCCACACGCUGCAGGUCUUCACCGAAGGUGGCAAACUCGUCUCCCACAAGCUGGAUGGCUAUGACUUGCCCGAAAGACACCCUCCUAUCCCCGAGUCUAGGCUUCAAGAGAUUGGUCUCGACGAUACCAUCCCGGUUCUCAAGCCGUCAGAGAUUAUGUUAGGCACACGCCUCCAGGGCCUUGUCUGGAAAGUGAACGUCAACGGAGAAGAUAUGAUCUGCAAGAUAACGUUUGACAUAUUCGAAGACGCAAUCGGCCGGGAGCUCGAAACGUACCAGAAGAUUAGGAAUGCAGAUCUUGGGAACGACCUGAAGGUUCCCCAGCUGAAAGGAAUCAUUCAAUCCCACACCGGCGUGGUCGGGGUUCUCCUCGGCUACAUCCCGCACAAGCACCACAACCUGCGCCUGCUGCUGCAGGAUGUUGGGGACGGCACCCUCCCGGAGACAGAGGCCACGGCGUCGAUGAAGCGGAAGUGGGCUGGGCAGAUCAAGCAGUCGCUUGCGCAUCUGCAUAAGCUGGGGAUUCUGUGGGGGGACAUCAAGACGGACAAUGUUCUGAUUGACGAUAAUGGCGACGCUUAUCUUGUUGACUUUGGCGGGGGGAACACCGUGGGCUGGGUUGACCAUGAUAAGUAUGACACUGUGGAAGGGGACUUGCAGGGGCUGCAGAAGAUGCUAGUGGCGCUUGGGGAGGAGUGAUUUGAG